AUGGAGUUACAAGUACAAAUUUUGUUGGCUGAAAUUGAUAAAUUGAAACUUCAACAUGCAAGUCAGCUGACAGAAGCAGAUGUAACAUCAAAGGGGAAACUUGAUGCUUUGAAGACAGAAUUGGAUGCUAAAUGGGCAGAAACACUCAAAAAUGAAACCAAUAAAUUACGGAAGCAGAUAGCAGAGCAAUUAGAGAGCGAGAAACACUCAGCUGUUUUACAGUUAACUUUACAACAUGAGAAACAAGUGGCAGAAUUGACAUCUGAAUGGGAGGGCAAGGUCCAUGCCUUGACAAUACAGAUCACAGAUUUACAGCGAAGUGCCAAUAAAAACAGUUCGAAGUCCUCAGAGGAGCUGGAGAGACUGCGCCUACAGAUGUCAGAAUUAGAAAAGAAGUUACAGAAGGAAAUGUCUGAAGCUGAAGAAGACUAUGCCAGGAAGAUCAGUGUUAUGGAAGCAGCCCAAGAGAAUCAACUCAAGUCACUGAUAGAGAGGAAAGAUCUGGAACUAUCAGAGGUUGAAAAGAAAAUUAAAAACAAGCAUGUUGAAGAUUUACAGAUACAGUUGACAGCACAUCGGGCUGCUGUUCAGAAUAUACAGGAACAGGCUGAUAAAUUACGUCAUGACAGGGAGACAACUCUGAUUAAACAACAUCAACAAGAGCUGGAUAAAUUACGAUUAGAGUUAUCUGAGAAACUAGAGAAAGAUUUUGAAGAUGUUAAACGUAAACAUGAGGCUGAGAUUCGAGCCGCCAGAAUCGAGUUAGAACGAGCCAUAGAAAUUUCUAAACAAAAGGACCGAGAUAACCAUUCACGUAUUGAAGAGUUACAAAUGGAGAUUACAAAACGAGAACGAACUAUAAUGAAUCUGGAAGAAGAAACAAGAAACCUGAAGCGAGCCAUCGAAGAACUGAAACGAGACAUUAAGGAACGCGACAAGCAAAUGAAACAAGUUCAGAAUGAGGCUAAGAAACAAAUCAAACAACUAGAAGAUGAAUUCCGAGUAGAGUAUGAGAGAAAUGUAGAUAAUCUACAGGCUGAUCAUCUACAACAGAUCAACGAAAUGGUGGGAGAUUUUAAUACGGCUCAGGAAUUAUUGAAAGAUAAAAUAUCAUCUAUACAAAUACAGUUAGAAGAAGCAGAAGACAGAUAUAGAAAUCGUGAAUCCAGACCAGAAGAUUUAGAGUUAAUAAUGCAACUACGUGAUGCCAUACAGGAACGCGAGCUAAGGGUUAAAGAAUUAAUUGAUGAAAAGAGAUUUUUCCAGUUAGAAUUGGUGAACAGGGAAACCAACUUUAAUAAAAUAUUCAACACAACACCCAAUAUAGGGGUCAUGAAUCCUUUAAACCCAGUCAAGCCAAAGAAUAAGAAGAAUGAGAAACCAUUGAAACAUUCGAGUGCUCCAGCUUUAUCACAGAGACUAGACCCUAUACCUAAUUCACCAUUACAUGAUGGAAACCUUAACCCUUCUCGACCACUUCCACCCUUCAAUAAAAAAUUCAUUAAAUAAUACUAACCUGUUAACCCUUCUUGUUCCAAUCGUCAAAAAGUUUUAAUUUUCUGAUACCACUUUCCAAUUUU